UAUUCGUGGCUGAAAGCACGCACUGCUCCUUAUGGCGGAACGCAGACGUGUGUACCGUUUCCGCGGUCAUGUCAUUGCCGGCAUGAACUGGAAGCCUACGAGACUUUUCGACGAGUUGCCGAGCUUGCGCGUGUGUGACCUCUGCCGCAUGAUUCCGAAGCGGAUACUUGUGUUGCCAUGCUCGCACGUCCUCUGCCAAGCGUGCCACGCAGUCAGUUUUCAAAAUGGCGCUGAUGGCCUUUGCCCCCUGGAUGGAGAACCAUUCGUAGGUGCGGAAUGCAGUGGCCACGACUUUCCGGACAACAAAGCGAAGGCCUUGAAGGUCCACUGCUGGAACGAGGUGCAUGGAUGCGAGUUUGUGGGAGCUAUGGAAGAAAUACUGACACACUACGAGGACAAAUGCGCGUUUCACAUCGUCGAGUGUUUCCGGUGCGGCGAGGAAGUCUUCCACAGCGUGCUCACCUCGCAUUACGCAUCUGGAUGUACUGCUGGUCUCUUUUCGAAGGACACUACCUAUAAUACCUCAGAGUCCACGGCGGUAGUAGCUCAAUACGUGAAAACCUCUGUCGAACAAAUGACGGCACUGCUGACGAACCCACACCAUGACCGGCUGAUGCCACCAAUGCAGAGCAAAUUGAACGCGCCCACCCAGCAAUUCAGACGACACAAAUCCCAGUCAGCCGAGUUCACUCGCGAGUUGAAUGUAUCCUCCAAGGCCGAGCGAGCUAACGCGGCGGCAGCGAUCUUAACAAGCGUGGCGGACCAGCCGUACUAUGAAAAUGACCCAGUGGAGCCGGCCAGCACGACGCCGCUGCGAAUGCUUCACCUGGAGAAGUCGAAGACCUGCCGCCAGCCGUCCUUCUUCGCGCAGCUGCCUUCAGAUGUUCUGAAGGCCAUGCGGCAGACUUCUUCACAAGAUUAUCCACAACACGUUUUCACAAACAGCGGACCACAAGACGUGAAGUGUCAUUUAAAAUUGACAACGCAUCUGUCGAUGAUGAAUUCUUGGACGGAAGUUGAUGUAGCCGUGAAGUACAACCUAACCUUGAAGAACUGCGACGUGAAUAUGUCCGUGAUGGAGAACUCCAUAAUUUUUGCUCAGCUCACCGUGCUACACACGAAAGACGCGUACUUUACAGUCGACAUCUCCAGGAACUACCUGUUCCUCUUCGUUCGGGUGGAAUUUCACGGAAAGCUGGCUGGCUCCCGGGUCUUUAUGCCCUCACUUAGGGUAAAGGUGUUCAACAGAGAGUCGUGCAAGAGCCUUCACCUGUCUUCUUUUCAAGAGCCUUGCCAUUGUAAGCGCGACGAUGACUGGCUGCUACACUUUCGCCGUACCUUCUCGAUAGAAGUUGAUCACCUGCAGAAGAACGAUUGCCUUCGUGGACGAAAAAUGGAGUUCGAAAUUGAGGUUUUGCGCAAUAAAACCACCGAUUCCCAACGUGAGAACGCCUAGCACCAAUGUUUUUCGUUGCCUAUAUUACAUUAGGCUGUUAUCUGUACGUUUAACACAUAACGCGUGCGUUUUGCAUGAGCUUAGCGAAGUGAUGACUGCAGUUCAAUAAAGGAGCUGUUGCUAAAC